AUGAGAGGACUGGCAGGAGCUGGGGGAGGAGUGCCAGCAGGGCACUGUGGAGCCCUCAGUGACAGGAAGGGCCCACAGAGAAGUUGCCAUCUCCAGCGUGAGCGGAGCCCCCCGAGCUGGGAUCCCAGACGGUCACCCUGUGCACGAGGGAAUAAAUCACAAGAUAGUGGGAUUGCAGAAAUGGAGGAGCUUCCAGUCCCACACAACAUCAAAAUAAGUAACAUCACGUGUGAUUCCUUCAAGAUUUCUUGGGACAUGGAUUCUAAAUCCAAGGAUCGCAUUACUCAUUACUUCAUCGAUCUCAACAAGAAAGAAAACAAGAAUUCCAACAAAUUCAAACACAAGGAUGUACCCACCAAGCUGGUGGCCAAGGCUGUCCCUCUGCCCAUGACAGUGCGUGGGCACUGGUUCCUGAGCCCCAGGACAGAGUACACGGUGGCGGUGCAGACUGCCUCGAAGCAGGUCGAUGGCGAUUACGUCGUUUCGGAGUGGAGCGAAAUCAUCGAGUUUUGCACCGCAGAUUAUUCAAAAGUUCACCUAACACAGCUAUUGGAAAAAGCUGAAGUGAUUGCAGGCCGUAUGCUUAAACUGUCUGUUUUUUAUCGGAAUCAGCACAAAGAAUACUUUGAUUAUGUCAGAGAGCAUCACGGGAAUGCUAUGCAGCCCUCUGUUAAGGAUAACAGUGGCAGCCAUGGCUCUCCAAUCAGUGGGAAGCUGGAAGGCAUCUUCUUCAGCUGCAACACUGAGUUUAACACUGGGAAGCCACCCCAAGAUUCACCCUAUGGAAGAUACAGGUAUGAGAUUGCAGCUGAAAAACUCUUCAACCCAAAUACUAACUUGUACUUUGGAGACUUCUACUGCAUGUACACAGCCUACCACUACGUCAUCCUCGUGAUUGCCCCCGUGGGGUCACCAGGAGAUGAGUUCUGUAAGCAGCGCCUACCCCAGCUAAAUAUAAAAGAUAACAAAUUUCUGACCUGUGAUGAAGAAGAUGGGGUCAUGGUUUACCAUCAUGCCCAGGAUGUAAUUUUGGAAGUCAUUUACACUGAUCCUGUGGAUCUCUCCCUUGGCACAGUUGCAGAAAUUACUGGUCACCAACUAAUGAGCUUGUCUACUGCAAAUGCAAAGAAAGAUCCCAGCUGCAAGACCUGCAAUAUCAGUGUUGGACGUUAA